AUGGCUACAUUUUCGUUGGAGCAACUGAACUUUUUUAAGUUUUCAUCUGUCGUACUUGAUGAAUUUCCAAUCGCCCUCCGCCAAGUUUUUGUUCACAUGUGGGACAAUCAAGUCGCUCCUACAUUAGGCUUUCAAAAAUGGGACGACUCACCUCUGGUUCGCAACAUGUUUCUAAGUAAAGAGGGUGGAAGGACAAAAUAUGUUCCAACCGGUAAAUCUUUUUAUGAGUGGGACUGCACAGCGCUGUUUGAAGCCACUCUCUAUGCUCAGAGUUUUGCCAUUCCGGAUGGGAGUGGAGGCCUUUCAACUUUGCACAAAUUGUACGUGAAGCCCCGUCAUUUACCAAGUGGAACAUUUCACCCUGUCCUUUUAAUUCCUGGAAACGAAGCCGAGACGUUUGCGUUAGCGUUAGAUCAGCUUCGUCUCCUAAGAAACGCACUGUGUCACCAGACAAGCACCCAAAAGAUUGACAAGACAACUUUUGAUUAUUAUAUAAAAUUAACAAGAGAGGCGUUUUUUGCACUUAAACAAGACACAACCAGGAUUGAUGAGAUCGGGAAGCUUGAAGAAGGAGACUUUCCUACUGCCAGGCUUCAAAAGUUAGAAGAAGAGUUGAAGAAAGAAAAAGAUGUUGACAUCAAGUUUAAGCAAAUCAGUGAUCACCUCAACCAAAUCGAGAGUCAAAUUGAGAACGUACGAUCAGACGUAAAAACAUCAGUAACAGAUGUACAAACGAAAGUGGAAGAAGUCAGGUCAGACUUCAAAACAGCAGUAACAGAUGUGCAGACAAAAGUGGAAGAAGUCAGGUCAGACGUCAGAACAUCAGUAACAGAUGUACAAACGAAAGUGGAAGAAGUCAGAUCAGACGUACUAACGGCAAUAACAGAUGUACAGACAAAAGUAGAAGGCGUAAAAACGGCAGCAGCAGAAGUCGAGACAAAAUUGGAAAAUGUCGAAUCAGAGGUGAAAAUUGCAACAAGUGAGUUAGCGAAAGUAAAAGCAAACAUCGAUGACGUAAAACAAGCAGUUCAGUCCGGAAUCAAAAAAGGUAUGUAAAGCGUUGGUUUCCUUGCAAAACACUGGCUGAUCCGUCAUUCAUCUUCCUUGGUUAGGAACUGCCUUGCUAGUUGCGUAUGUGAAGGUUCCCAAACCGAAUUCCUAUUUAUAUUUUUAUAUUGAGCAGUUGUUGGUAAGGCAAUUCAACGUCUAUUUGACAUUGAUUUAUAUAUCGCUAUUGGUGUGGCAAACAGUAAAUCCAGUACAUUUACUAUAAAAUAACAAUCGGUUACACACACAAAAUGUGUGGGCUCCCUGUGCCUGAAUUAACAAAACCAUUCAGGAGCCGAUUACUUGAAGUCUUCACCUCCCAUAUAAGCCCUUGGAGUCGACCCUUUCCGGCGAAAAAUUAUUUAUAGAAAUAAGUAAUCGGCUCCUGUAGAAAUAGCUUUCGCGGACUAUUUUUCACGCCUUCUUAGUAAUAUCCAAUCAGAGAAGAGCUAUGAUCAUACGUCACACGUUGAGUCACAGUAGACUACGAGUAGUCCUCCAUUUUUCCUCAGGGACAGCAGAGCGCGCGUGAAAAUCACCCCACGCGAGAAAAGGCGACACGCGGCGGGAAGAGAGAAAAAUGGGGGACUACAGACAAAGCCCAAGCUUUUGAACUAGACUGUUCACAGUCCUCUAUUUUUCCGUAAGAUCGUCGAGAUCGAACGCUUUGCAUUACGAGCUGCCAUCUUGCAUGAGUAUCUAAACUACCUAGGGGGCGGGGGCGGUUUGGGACAGCUAAAAUCCACGACGCCCACCCCCUAGGUACAUUGGAAAAUCAACAUGGCCGCCAUUAACGGUAAGACCGGGGCUAUAUCUCGACGAUCUCACGAAAAAAUAGGGGACUGUGAACAGUCUACAAUACCAUAGAGAACCCACGCUCGUAAACUGCAAAUGGAAAUUAAAUGAGAGAUAAAAACGUAUCUGUGGAGUGUUCAGUUCUUGAAUCUGCUGGGGAGCAAAGUGAAAUUGAAGUUGCUCUACGAUGCAAAAAACGAAAUAAUGUUACGAUCUUUGUGUCAGCGCUUUGUCUGUAAAUUUCACAAUGCUUACUUUUAUGUGCUUACUUUUAAAUUUCACAAUGCUUACUUUUAACUCCUAACAAUCCUUAAAUUAGAUAAUAUAUAUAAAUUAAAAAUAUGUUGCUUUACACAUAGAAUGAGAAAUGAGCUGAAAUGAGACUGAUAGCAUUCCAGAUAUUUUCCUUGAUAUCCUGACUCCAGCAUCGCGUAUACACAAUCACAAUACAAGAUUUGUCAGCAAUCUGAACUAUUUUAGGCCAAGAGUAUCCACCAACUUAGGUAAGACGUCCUUUAAAUUCUCCGCUCCAAAAAUCUGGGAGACUGUACCGCCUGGUCUCAAGUGCCUGCCAUAUCAUAAGUUUAAGAAAGAAUGGAAAUCCUGUCUUCUAACCAACCAAAUCUGACCUUGCUUAUAUGUUCUACCACUGAUAUUAUUUGAGAUUCUAUUCCUCUCUUUAUUGCUGCCAAUUAUUUAAGCAUGACGGUGUCCAACAAGAAAGCUCUUGCUACUUUGGACACCGUACACCGUUAUUAUUUGUCAGCUACUUUAUUUUCCUACCUACGUACACUUAUGUAAAUAUCUUAUAUAGUGUGAAUAAAGAAUUGAAUUGAAUUGUGGUUUGUCUUGCAUAUCACUGUUGGUGUCACGCGGUUGUCAUUAUCGUCUGGCGUUUCACUGUUGGUUUAUUAAUUAACGGUACAGUAAUUAGCGCGCGUCAACUAAAAUUGUUAAAAAAUUAAUAACCAACAGUAAAAAGCGAGACGAUAAUAACAACCGCGUGACAUCAACAGUGAAAUGCGAGACAAACCACAUAAAAUAAAGCUUUGCGAAAUUUACGGACAAAGCUCCGACACAAACAUCGUUUUUGCAUCGUAGAAACAACUUUCAUUUCACAUUUCUCCGUAGCAGAUUCAAGAACAGAACAGGUGAGUUUUUAUUUCUCAUUUAAUUUCCAUUUGCCGUUUACAAAUAAGAGCGUGGGUCCCUAUGAAAUGCCAGCAACACCAGCAAAACCGCCCAACCAGAAGAAUGAUGCGUUUAUUCGAGUUUUAUAAGCAAAUAUCUCGGUACAACCUUUAAACCUUCACCAGUUAUAGUCACGAAUCUGUCUCAGCAAAAAAGCGACACAUCGAAACCUUUUACAAAUAUAUCCAUCUUUCUGUUUUGCAUAACAUUUCUUUAUUUAGCUGUCUAUUUAUUUAUUUAGUUAGUUAGUUAGUUUUCAUCACAGGGUCCACAGGUUGCAAAAUAUACGCUUGAAUACAAUUCAUUUACAUAUGUUGUUUAUUAUUAUUAUUAUUAUUAUUUUUGAGUUAGGGAGAUCGAGAACAUGACUGUGAUGAGGAACGAGGGCGGCAGCCCCAAUCUCUCCCCCUUUUUGCCAUAAUGAUUGAUUUGCAUAAUUUCACUUUUUCGCUCGCGCCGCGCGUGGCAAGAAGGACGACUGCUCGCGAUUUGCUUAUAUGAUUUGUUUUCCCAAUGCACGUCACGUGAUAUUACUCUAAAGAACUGUGUCUUCUAACUUUCUUCUUCUUCACACACAUGAUGUAUUUAAAGAGAAGGAACAAAUUUCCUUGAAAAAUCACAUGAACUACAAUGGGGAACAAUAUAAAUGCUAAAAAAGACCUUUUAUUAAAGGAUGACUGUACCGUAGACGACUGAAUGUUCACCCUAGCCUGGAGCGUAUAACUCAGUCUUUUCAAUACUAUUGUUAAUUACUACUACAAAGUUCUGAUUAUUCCCUGCAAUGUAAUUUGUUUGUGUUGUCUCUUCAGAUUUAUUUGUGCCCAAAUCGUCCAUACCUGAUGAAUUACCGAAUUUUGUUGGCCGCGACAAAGAAUGCAAAGCAGUAGAACAUCAUUUAACAGAUGAAGUUACUCGACUGGUUAAUGUCUGGGGUCCUCCUGGAUUUGGAAAAACAUCAGUGGCCAUCAGGGUGGCGCAUCACUUACAAGAGAAGAAUUUUCCAGUUUACUUUGCAUCCGUUCGUGCAGUGGAAAGUAUGGAAGAUUUAGUGUCAAAGCUGCUCAGGGUGUUCGUAGACGAUAAACAGGUGCACCAUAUUACCUCGUCUGACCUCGUCAUUCAAUGUUUACAGCAAAUUCGAAAUCCUUUUGUCUUAAUAUUAGAUAACGCAGAUGAUUUAUUCGAAUCUGAAGAUGCUAAACGGAAACAGCACGUGCUCCGAUUCAUUGAGGAGAUCCUUACUCACUGCAAACAUGUCAAACUUCUCUUAACUACUCGCGAAAGUCUCGACUACUUAACCCACAAGCUUCCCAUCUUUUUGGAGAAAAUUAACGUAUUGGAUGAAAUUUCGUCAGCGCAUCUGGUAAGGCUGUUGUUACCAGAUGCAUCCGAAGGUGAUUGCAAAUGCGUAGUGAAGGAAUGUGGAAACGUUCCUAUGUCCAUGCGACUAAUGUGCAGCAUCAUUAAGGAAGCAAAUAUAUCCAUAAAUGUGCUUUUAGAUGAACUAAGCAAUUCAACUAUAGUUGAAGUUUUGAAUAGUGAAAGCUUUCCUGACGAGUUUCGGCUGAAAUCUGUAAUUAACACAUCUUUUAAAAGGCUCAUGAUUCCCGAAAGAGACGCAUUUGUUUCACUUUCUGUUUUUCCGGAGUGGUUUGGAAUAGAGGAAGCUCAAGCUAUAUUGAAUGUAAAAUCAGAGGUUAAAACCAAACAAAUCAUUCGAUCAUUGGAGAGAAAGUCACUUAUACAUUGUGGAGAAAAUUUUAGCCGUUUUACAGUCCAUUCACUUUUACGGUCCUUUAUUAAGGAAGAAGUAAAGAAUGACGAAGGGAUUGAAGCUGUAUUUCUAGACGCACAGCUUCACUUUUACGACUAUUACACUUCUCGGUGUAAAGUUGCUAAUGAAAACUUUCUGAUAGGACGUUAUUCAAGCGCCUUCAGAAGCUUCCUUGACCAGCGUGAGUGCAUCAUUUCAUCCCUUUCUAAUGCUCCUGGAAAUGACAUUACCUACACCAAGGCUGUAGACUUGUUAUCUGAGGCAAAAUCAUUUCUCUAUGUUGCACUGCAUGGUGAAAAAAUGUUAUUUGAGCGCCUUUAUAACAUAGCAAUAGAAGAAGCAAAAAGAAGGGAAAAGGUCGGCGACGAAGAAAUGUUACUCUCUGCCAAAGAAUUUCCUCUUAGUGAGUGGUAUCAGCCAGACACUGCUAAAAGCUACUUCUGGCUUGGUAGAGUGCAGCGUGAAGCGGGAGACCUGAAAACAGCAUUGGAGUCGGUACAGUUGAGCUUACGAUUAAGAAAAGAACUGUUAGGAGAUCAUCCUGAUACAGCCGACGACUUUCAUGAGCAAGGCGUUAUAUNAUGUCAAGUUUCUCUUAACUACUCGCGAAAGUCUCGACUACUUAACCCACAAGCUUUCCAUCUUUUUGGAGAAAAUUAACGUAUUGGAUGAAAUUUCGUCAGCGCAUCUGGUAAGGCUGUUGUUACCAGAUGCAUCCGAAGGUGAUUGCAAAUGCGUAGUGAAGGAAUGUGGAAACGUUCCUAUGUCCAUGCGACUAAUGUGUAGCAUCAUUAAGGAAGCAAAUAUAUCCAUAAAUGUGCUUUUAGAUGAACUAAGCAAUUCAACUAUAGUUGAAGUUUUGAAUAGUGAAAGCUUUCCUGACGAUUUUCGGCUGAAAUCUGUAAUUAACACAUCUUUUGAAAGGCUCAUGAUUCCCGAAAGAGACGCAUUUGUUUCGCUUUCUGUUUUUCCUGAGUGGUUUGGAAUAGAGGAAGCUCAAGCCAUAUUGAAUGUAAAAUCAGAGGUUAAAACCAAACAAAUCAUUCGAUCAUUGGAGAGAAAGUCACUUAUACAUUGUGGAGAAAAUUUUAGCCGUUUUACAGUCCAUUCACUUUUACGGUCCUUUAUUAAGGAAGAAGUAAAGAAUGACGAAGGGAUUGAAGCUGUAUUUCUAGACGCACAGCUUCACUUUUACGCCUAUUACACUUCUCGGUGUAAAGUUGCUAAUAAAAACUUUCUGAUAGGACGUUAUUCAAGCGCCUUCAGAAGCUUCCUUGACCAGCGUGAGUGCAUCAUUUCAUCCCUUUCUAAUGGACCUGGAAAUGACAUUACUUACACCAAGGUUGUAGACUUGUUAUCUGAGGCAAAAUCAUUUCUCUAUGUUGCACUGCAUGGUGAAAAAAUGUUAUUUGAGCGCCUUUAUGACAUAGCAAUAGAAGAGGCAAAAAGAAGGGAGAAGGUCGGCGACGAAAAAAUGUUACUCUCUGCCAAAGAAUUUCCUCUUAGUGACUAGGGGAUAGGGGACCGUGAAGGAGCUUUAGAUUCUUUUCAAAGAGCAGCAAACAUGAGAUCGAAUCUGCUAGGUGAUCACAAAGACACUGCGUCCAGCUACUACUGGCUUGGUCAAGUGCAGCGUGACAUGGGAGACCUUAAAGGAGCUAUGGAUUCCUUACAAAGAGCAGCAAACAUGAGAUCGAAUCUGCUAGGUGAUCACAAAGAAACUGCGUCCAGCUACUACCGGCUUGGUCAAGUGCAGCGUGACAUGGGAGACCUUAAAGGAGCUAUGCAUUCUUUACAAAGAGCAGCAAACAUGAGAUCGAAUCUGCUAGGUGAUCACGAAGACACUAUGUCCAGCUACUACUGGCUAGGUCAAGUGCAGUGUGACAUGGGACACCUUAAAGGAGCUAUGCAUUCUUUCCAAAGAGCAGCAAACAUGAGAUCGAAUCUACUAGGUGAUCACGAAGACACUGCGUCCAGCUACUACUGGCUUGGUCAAGUGCAGCGUGACAUGGGAGACCUUAAAGGAGCUAUGGAUUCUUUACAAAGAGCAGCAAACAUGAGAUCGAAUCUACUAUGUGAUCACAAAGACACUGCGAACAGCUACCACUCUCUUGGCAAAGUGCAGCGUAACAUGAGAGAUCUUAAAGGAGCUAUGGAUUCUUUACAAAGAGCAGGAAACAUGAGAUCGAAUCUGCUAGGUGAUCACGAAGACACUGCGUCCAGCUACUACUGGCUUGGUCAAGUGAAGCGUGACAUGGGAGACCUUAAAGGAGCUAUGGAUUCUUUACAAAGAGCAGCAAACAUAAGAUCAAAUCUUCUUGGUGAUCACAAAGACACGGCAUUCAGCUACUAUUGGCUUGGUUUUGUGCAGCGCGACAUGGGAGACCUUAAAGGUGCUCUGGAUUCUUUACAAAGAGCAGCAAACAUGGAAUCAAAUCUGCUUGGUGAUCACGAAGACACGGCGUACAGUUUCUUUUCGCUUGGUUUAGUGCAGCGUGACAUGGGAGACCUUAAAGGAGCUUUGGACUCUUUACAAAGAGCAGCAAACAUGAGAUCGAAUCUGCUAGGUGAUCACGAAGACACUGCGUCCAGCUACUACUGGCUUGGUCAAGUGCAGCGUGACAUGGGAGACCUUAAAGGAGCUAUGGAUUCUUUACAAAGAGCAGCAAACAUGAGAUCGAAUCUGCUAGUUGAUCACGAAGAAACUGCGUCCAGCUACCACUUUCUUGGUUUAGUGCAGCGUAACAUGGGAGACCUUAAAGGAGCUAUGGAUUCUUUACAAAGAGCGGCAAACAUGAGAUUAAGUGUGCUUGGUGAUCACAAGGACACAGCUUCCAGCUUCUUGGAGCUUAGUCUAGUACAAAAGAAAGCGGGAGACCUGAAAAGCGCUUUGGAGUCUGUACAGGUCAGCUUACGAAUGACGAAGGAGCUUCUAGGAGAUCAUCUCAAUACAGCCGAAAGCUUUUAUGAACAAGGUUUUAUCCAUUUUGCCAUGGGUGAUUUUAACUCAGCUGUUGAGUCACUUCAGAAAGCAGCAGAUAUGAAUUUCAAUCUCCGCAGAGAUCACAUUAACACAGCAACCAACUACCACAGCCUCGGCAUGGCGCAGGUUAAAAUACAGGACUGCGAAGGAGCUUUAGACUCCUUGCAAAAAGCAAUACAGAUUAAAUCAAAUCUACUUGGUGAUCACGAAGACACGGCGUCCAGCUACCACGAGCUCGGUUCAGUGCAGCGUGACACGGGAGACCUUGAAGGAGCUUUGGACUCCUUACAAAAAGCAGCAAACAUGAGAUCGAAUCUGCUUGGUGGUCACAAAGACACUGCCAGCAGCUACCAUGAGCUUGGUGUUGUGCAACAUGGAAUGGGAGACUUGAAAGGAGCAUUGGAAUCUUUGCAAAAAGCAUUAGACAUGAGAACUAAUCUGUUUGGUAAGCACGGAGAUACGAUGAGCAGCUUAAAUGAAUUACGUGCCGUGCAGAAAAAAUUGUCAUAA